AUGGAGAAAGACUACAGAGGGCCCUACAGCGGCGGCGGCCCGUUGGCCGACGUCGAGUCGAAGCACCAAGGCGAGACCUACCCGCGCGACGUCAACUUCGCGGCCCUCAGCGGCGAGCCCAACCUUCUCGAGGAGCACGACCAGCUCCAGCGCGGUCUCAAGAGUCGACACAUUCAGUUUCUGGCUCUCGGUGGAGCCAUCGGAACCGGUCUCUUCGUCGGCUCUGGCAGCAUCCUCUCCCUCGUCGGCCCCGCGCCGCUCUUCAUGGGAUACCUCUCAAUGAUGUUGCUCGUGUGGAACAUCAUGAACAACCUCGGCGAGAUGGCCACCUACCUGCCCCUCAAGGGCAUCUCGAUCCCCUACUUUGUCGAACGCUUCGUCGAGCCCAGUCUGGCUUUCGCCGCCGGUUGGAACUACUGGUACGCCUACGCCAUGCUCGUCGGCGCCGAGGCCUCGGCCGGCGCCAUCCUCCUCGAUUACUGGCAGACACCCGUCCACCCGGCCGUCUGGAUCACCAUCAUCCUGCUCGUCACCCUCGCCCUCAACAUCUUCGCCGUCGAGAUCUUCGGCGAGGCCGAGUUCUGGUUCGCGAGCAUCAAGCUCAUCACCAUCCUCGGCCUGAUCCUCGUGAGCCUGGUCAUCAUCCUCGGAGGCGCCCCCGACGAGGGCCGAAUCGGCUUCCUCUACUGGUACGACCCGGGCGCGAUUACACCAUACCUGGUGGAAGGGAAUACGGGUCGCUUCCUCGCCUACUGGACCGCGUUCGUCCGCGCCGGUUUCGCCUUCAUCACCUCCCCCGAGCUGAUCGCGCUCGCCGCCGGUGAGACCGUCGCCCCGCGCCGCAACAUCCCCAAGGCCGCCCGCCGCUUCGUCUGGCGUCUGGCCAUCUUCUACGGCCUCGGCUCCCUCAUGAUCGGCGCCAUCACCCCCUCCACCGACGAGCGCCUCCUCAGCCCUUCCUCCAACGCCGCCGCCUCGCCGUGGGUCAUCGGCAUCCAGCGCGCCGGCAUCGGCGGCCUCAACCACGUCAUCAACGCCGCCAUCCUCACCUCCGCCUGGUCCGCCGGCAACGCCUUCCUGUACUCGGGCAGCCGCAUCCUCUACAGCCUCGCGCUGAACAAGCAGGCCCCGCGCUUCUUCACCAGGACCACCAAGCGCGGCGUCCCCUACACCGCCGUCCUCGGCACCUGGUCCAUCGGCCUGCUCUCCUUCCUCACCGUCAGCAGCGGCACCUCGGCCGUCUUCACCUGGUUCAUGAACAUCAGCACCAUCAGCGGCUUCAUCGCCUGGAUCGUCGUCAUGAUCACCUACCUGCGCUUCCGCAAGGCCAUGAUCUUCCACAACAUGAUGGACCGCCUGCCCUUCCGCACGCCCCUGCAGCCCUACUUCACCUGGUUCAUCCUCGUCAUCCUCGUCAUCCUUACCCUCACCAACGGCUUCCAGGUCUUCUUCCCCGGCAACUGGAGCGUCUCCGACUUCUUGGCGGCCUACAUCACGCUUCCCAUCUUCUUCGUGCUCUACGUCGGCCACAAGGUCUGGUUCCGCACGCCCUUCGCCAAGAGGCCCGAGGACGUGGACGUCAUCACGGGCGUCAAGGAGAUGGAGGACAUGGCGGAGCUGGACGAGGAGCCGAUCCCCAAGAACAUGCUGCAGAAGAUCUGGUUCUGGCUUGCUUGA